CCUGGUCGGAUCUGUCUUUGUCGGAUUAUCCACUUGACAUGUCUUCUAUGCUUAACAUCUGUUCUUGUUUUGUUGUUUGUGUGUGUUUGAAUCAGAUUAAAUUAGUAACCUAGUGAAAUUACAGUCAAAAGAGAUAGUCUUUUCGAUCUGAUUCUAGUUUUUUUUAUUCAAUCGAUUACUUAAGAGAAAUGGGAUUUGCUUUUCCUCUGGAUCUUGGAGUACAUCUUUCUCAUGCUUGUUCAUGAAAUGGAGUUUCUUCCUGCAUUAACUUUGCUUAAUUAUUAUAAUUUGAGAGUCCUCUGAAGAUACAGACAAGAUGUGACAAGUGUUCUGUUCAGUUUAUCUCUGUAGCAAUUUUGCUGAUAUGGUUCAUAUUUAUGGGUCGUUGAGAAGACACUGUAUCUGGAAGCGAUUUAGAUCUUUGGUUUCAUUGAAGAAGCAUAAGGAGUGAACCAACACAAGGAAUAUGGGAACUCACAUCAAUUUCAACAACUUAGGAGGUGGUGGUGGUGGUGGUGGUGACCCUGGUGGGGAAGGAUUCAACCAGAUGAAGGCAACAGAUACUGCAUAUCCCUUGGCGAGACAGUCUUCGCUUUACUCACGAACGUUUGAUGAGCUUCAGAGCUUACUAGGUGGACCUGGAAAAGAUUACGGGUCGAUGAACAUGGAUGAACUCUUGAAGAGCAUAUGGACUGCUGAGGAAGCUCAGGCCAUGUCCAUGACCAUGACUUCUUCAGCUGCUACAACGAUGGUGCAACCUGGUGGGAAUCUCCAGAGGCAAGGCUCGUUGACGUUGCCUAGAACGAUUAGUCAGAAGACUGUUGAUGAGGUCUGGAAAUGUCUGAUCACCAAAGACGGUGGAGGUAGCAGCGGAGGUGGCGGUGGUGAGUCUAAUAAUGCGCCUCAGAGGCAACAGACUUUAGGGGCAAUGACACUUGAGGACUUUCUGUUCCGGGCUGGAGUUGUAAGAGAAGAUAACAACUCUUCACAGCAGAUGGGUCAGGUCACCGGAAACAAUAACAACGGCUUUUAUGGUAACAACGGAGCUCCUGGGGGAUUAGGCUUUGAGUUUGGUCAGACAAAUCAAAACACCAUAUCAUUCAACAAUGCUACAAUGCAGCAGCAGCAGCCACAACAGCAGUUUCAACAACAGCCACAACAGCAGUCACGGCAGCAGCUGAAUCAGUCACUUCCACAGCAGCAGCGGGUGCCUCAGACCAUUUUUCCUAAACAAGCAAAUGUAGCAUUUGCUGGGCCGGUGGGUAUGGUCAACAAGAGUUUUAAUGGGGCUGUGAAUAAUUCAAUGAACAAUACUAAUGGUUUAGCUAGUUUCGGAGGAACCGGGGUCACUGUUGCAGCAACGUCUCCAGGGACAAGCAGCGCAGAAAACAACUCUCUGUCGCCAGCUCCUUAUGUGCUUAAUCGAGGAAGAAGAAGCAAUACUGGUCUAGAGAAGGUUAUCGAGAGGAGGCAAAGGAGAAUGAUCAAGAACCGAGAAUCAGCUGCUAGAUCAAGAGCUCGAAAGCAGGCUUAUACCUUGGAACUGGAAGCUGAAAUUGAAAAGCUCAAGAAAGUUAAUCAAGAAUUGCAGAGAAAACAGGCUGAAAUGAUGGAAAUGCAGAAGAAUGAGCAGCUGAAGGAAUCGUCGAAGAAACCAUGGGGCAGCAAAAGACAAUGCUUGAGAAGGACACUAACCGGUCCAUGGUGAUAUCAGAACAAAGCAACAAGAACCAGACACCAUUUGGCAUGGGAUUAAUGUAAUAGACAGAUAGUGCUACAUGUGCAGGAGAUUAAGAGAAUUUUAUUAAAUGGAAAUCUAGGUUACAUAGUAGGACAAGUUUUCAUUAUGCAUAAAAACAUAUUUUGUUCCAUGGCCUUCAUUAGCCUAGUGUUUAGUCUUUAGAUGAUAAUCAUCCCUUUUGUGUUUUCUAGUUUAUAAAAAGACAUCCUUGUUUAUAUAUAUCA